AUGUGGUGGUUCUUUAGCCAAAGGCUAAAGAUAACUUUGGGGGGGGCCGCGGAUCGUGCUCGCGUGCAUUGCUCUAGCUCGGCAGCCGACAGGGCGAUCCGUGCGGUGCAUGCGUUCAGCGAACGGUUUUCAGACCAGGCGAGACUCCUCCACGUAACCCAAGCGGGGGGGCGACCGAUUGUUAUCGCCGGCGGUGCUUGGAACGGUACCAGCGACGAGUUAGCUCAUGCUGAGAGCCCUGUGGAGGAACAUGGGCCUCGUCGGCGUUCCCCUAUUUUUUCCACGCCCCAAGGCUGGUCGGCUGGCCUCGGAAGGCCGGAACGGCUCCUGGUCCUAAGACUCGUGGCCUCGGCUACUGGGAGCGUGCGCGGAGAGAGCACAGAGCUGAACUCGGACGAGUUGGAAGUGAUACGACGUUUUCCGGAUGAGGUCGACCGCCUCUUGAUCUUCGAUAAAUCUAUCGGUGGGGCCUUGAGCAAGCCGCACGUUGAUAUUUCAGUGGAGCGGACCGAUGCGGUGAUUUUGGCGCGUGGUGACGUUAUGUCAGAGCGCAGUAUUGCUCGGAUAGGGAGCCAGUGUUUUGGCAUCUUUCAAAUCGAAGGGAACAAGUUGCUCAACGUCUCAGUAACGGGUAUCCCCAAGGUAGAGCUUACCAAGUUUGCUCUGGAACUAGAGGAGGCGUCGAUGCGCGAUAUCUACCUGUUCUUGGUGGCCUGUCUGGCCACCCUUCUCUAUAACACGGUGUCCGGGCAGCAGGGUUUCUUCUCUGUGUUGGCUAUCAUUGGCGGAGGCCUCCUCCGGGAGGAGUCCUCGCGCGUGGAUGCGGCCAACGCCCUCAAGGACUUCCAUGCCGGUAAGACUGCGGUAGUGCGGAGAGCAAGAGAGGGGGUGAUCGUCCUUGGCUUCCUAGUCCCUUUGCUCCUGACCGCGUGCGAUUUGUCGCGCCCUGGGGGUUUGAGAGUGUGGAUUAUGGCGGUGGCUUCAAUGUCGCUAGUGGUGGUGAGUGGGUCACGUACCAUCGGUUGGAACGUCGAGGACCCCCUCACGCGGUCAACUUGGUUAGUCCAGAUGGCACUCAUGCCCGUAUGUCGGCUCGUGGUGUCUGGCUUCGUCUUCUUCUUGGUCGGGGUCGGCCUAAUCGUUGGGCUGCUCCUUGCUGGGGCCUUGGAGAGCCUUGGCAAUAAGCGGUUAGUGACAGAUGGGAUGGACUGUCUCCUGGGCACUUUGGUGAUCGGGUGUGCUGUGACCGACGCGCUUGUUCUUGGAACGCCUCCCCUCUGGGAGGGGCUUGUGUUCGGCGGCGGUGCAGCCCUGGUCUGGUCCAAGUUGUCAGUGGGGGUCCUUGGGUUGUUCGUCGCCCUCACUAUAGAGAAGGACCUUAAGCAUGGGCCUCGGUCAUACGGCGUCCUAAGGCCAACAUCAGUAGUGGCUAUGGGGCUGGGCGAUUACCCUGCGAGGUCGGAGAAUAGCGGCGGCGGUUUCUGCCACUACGGUAGGACACAGGGCGUAUCCGCGCACUACGUGGUCUGGGGAAGCGCAGCUGGUCCGGGUAGGGUUGCUGGGGAGUUGAGCAUUGGGUUGACCGUACCCACGGGUGCGGAGUGGGUAGGCGGUGUGAGCCGCGGCGCGAGUCUGCCGCAUGGUAUCAAUGGUAGAGGCACCUCACCUUUGGUUGGAAUGUGGGAGGAGGUCGGUUAUGGACCUUCAAUGUUGCUUACCAGGGACGAGAGCGGGUGAGCAUGUGAGGUCAGGCUCGAGAGUCGAAGAGGGUGGACCGGAGUUGGGGACGCAGUAGAUGAAAGGCGCGAAUAUCUACAUGCGCUCGGAAAAGGAGGAAUGGCAGCUGGGGUUUGUCCACGGCGUGUCGCGGGACCCGGGGGGACCGCGCCCCUUUACACAUUUACAUGUGCACGGUACAAUGUUGCGCUGCAGCCGGAGAAGUCCUCGGUGGACGUACAUGCACCACCGUUUUCGUGGUGUUCUGUCAUGCAUGUGAAGUCGCGCAGCGUUAAGCGUCAUGGAUUCUAGUCGCAUAGAGGCUUGCCGUGUUGCGUUGGGUUCCGAGGGCGGUCUCUGCCCAUAGAACGCGGACAUGAUCAAUUGUCCUGCAGUCGAGUGGAAGUCCCGGUAUGGUGUCUGAUUGUAGGAAUCCGAAACGAGCCAAAUCUGACAGUCAUUUACGGCUCUGUCGUAUGCUUUGCUCUGGUGUGCGGUUUCGACUGCGGGGUACACGGUAUUGCCCCGGGGGAGAAUGAGUUUGCGUAUGGGGGAGAAAUGGGGGUAGUAGACACCAGAGAGAAAAUACCGUCAUUUGCGCAGCCGUAGCCCCUGGGAGGGGAUCUUUUUUUUGUUUGAAAUAAUACAACCCCGUGGGUUUAUUCCUAUUACACUUGACCUUUCGUUAUUCCUUUCAGGAAGCCAGCGAAGUCGCGGGGAAGCAAGAUGCAUCAUCCGCAGCGUGCUACACCACCUUGGUGCGCGCGAACAAAAAAAUUGCGGUUGAAUUAAAGUACCACAAUUAUGUCGUUCAGGGAGAAAAAAGGAGUUGGUUUUCACCGAACUGCGUGUUUGCAUGACAUGAGUCAGGUCUCGGAGUUGGGUUAGGUUUCACCUAACUGUGCUUGGUUUAAGCUUGGAAUGUGUCCGAAUUUCACCGAACUGCGCUUUUGCUUGGAGUAGAGUAGGUCUUCGGGUAGGGCCGGGUUCCGCCCAAACGGGGGGUGUUGUUCUACGUACAUGUGCAAGACAGGAGAGACCACGUUUAGCCAAACAACCGUGAAACUACGCCUUUUGCCC